UCGUCUUGAAAACAUUGCCUCGCACAAGCCUCUGUCUGACAUUCUCUUUGCCACCGUCUGUUGUUCUGUGACUUCCCGAGCGCGACCUGUCGGCUCAUAAUCUCUCGUCGUCGUCUUCAGGGUUUUUUUCUUCUUCUCCCUUUCGAAUUUUGGCGCCUUCGUUUCGAACGAACCGUGUAGUGCGCUUGUUUGUGUACGUGUGCCAGGAAUGAAAAGAAUCGUUCAGUCUGCACAGGCGAUCAUUGGGUUCAGAUGGAAGUUGAAGCAAUUGUAGGAGCUGUUUACCAUCAUUUGGGGCCGAUCGCUAUCGCCUGCUAUUGUUUUAAUCCGACAGCGGAAAGUGUGGUUGACUUGCGGCCACUGGCCGCGAUCGUCUCGCCUCUGUUUUCGUAUUCAUUUUCGUGACGGUUUUGUUCCAUUUCUUUUCAAGAGUCCAGUGCUUCUAGCCUUUGCUCCAAACACAUUGCUUGGCAACGGAUCUCAUUAGUGCAUAGCGACUACAACGACUAGCCAAAUACCUCGACAACAACAGCCCCGUAGCUUCCAACAAAAAUAUUGCGAAGAAAACGAAAAACAAGAAACUGAAAGAAGAAGUAAAAAUAAAAAAAGAGGGGAAACUGCGACGAAUGAGCCACAGAAUCCACUUUCUAGUCUACAGGGACCAAGCGCUUGGAAUGAGCUGACUGAAAUUGUAGGUCUUGCACUGAGCUCUGCUGCAACAGAUUGCAGGGAACACACAUUCUACGGGUUCAAUAGGCGUGUCUGGUCAUAUUGGUGACCUGAUCUACUCGAACUUCGAUGAAGGACGUAUUAAGAUGGUGAAGAUGGAACAAGUAGGUAGCUGUGGUGGUAGCAAUGGAAGCGACGGAGGAAGCGCGACCGGCAACAAAACAAAUCAUAUCCGAGUGGGUUUCUACGACAUCGAACGAACUAUUGGACGCGGAAAUUUCGCUGUUGUCAAACUGGCUAAGCAUCGCAUCACCAAAACAGAGGUGGCGAUCAAGAUUGUGGACAAGAGCCAAUUGGACGAAAGCAACCUGCGUAAACUCUACCGUGAAGUCCAAAUAUUGAAAAUGCUCCGACACGACAACAUCAUCCGCCUUUACCAGGUGAUGGAGACGAAUGAUAUGCUUUACCUGGUUUCCGAAUACGCCAGACAGGGGGAAAUAUUCGAAUAUAUUGCGCGGCAAGGGCGAAUGUCGGAAACCGUGGCGCGACGCAAAUUCUGGCAGAUCAUUUCGGCUGUUGAAUAUUGCCACCAGCGGCGCAUCGUUCACAGAGAUUUAAAAGCCGAGAACUUGUUGCUGGACGCACAGGGUAAUGUCAAGAUCGCCGACUUUGGGUUCAGCAACUUUUGGUCUUCAGAACAUCAUUUGGACACUUGGUGCGGAUCGCCUCCCUACGCGGCUCCCGAAGUCUUCCUCGGUCAGAAAUACACCGGUCCCGAAGUUGACAUCUGGAGCUUGGGCGUGGUGCUUUAUGUUCUAGUCUGUGGAGCCUUGCCGUUCGACGGCGCCACUUUACAAGCGCUCCGCGAUCGGGUCCUGUCUGGUCGAUUCCGCAUUCCCUACUUCCUCUCAGCAGAUUGCGAGUCGCUUAUCCGGAAAAUGCUGGUUGUCGAUCCUGCCAAGCGCUGUGGUCUCCAGCAAGUCAAAAGGCAUCGCUGGAUGCUAAUAGAAGCUCCAGCCAUUCAGGAGGAGUCGGUGAUCAUGGAAGGUGCGACCGGAAACGAACCGGACGAAGCCGUCAACGAACAAAUCUUGCGAUUAAUGCAAUCCCUUGGCGUCGAUCCGGUGAAAACGAAAGAGUCGGUACUUCACCAACGAUACGAUCACCACGCCGCCAUCUAUUAUCUGCUGCUGGAACGGCGGAUUCACUUGUCGGCGACGGGAGAACUACCACAGUCAUCCCAAUCCAAACAAAGAAGAUCAAUCGUUGAGACGACAGCUACGGCGCCGGACCAGCCUGUUCUACCCGUUGCUGGUGCCAGCCGGCGCCCGCCCUUGUGGACGCACAGUCCACCUCUUCGGGAUUCGGCGUGUGGCGACAGCGUCGAUUCGGAACGAGGAUCCGUAGGGGGAUCACUCCUUUCACCAUUGAUGGAAUCAACUCCACCCAUGUCAGUCAAGACAGUCAAAAGCAACACCUAUUCCGUUGAUGAAGGAGUCGAGGAUUGGUCUGAAUCGGGCCAAUCUCCCAUGGGUAGCGCAGGCUCUACUUUUGAAACUCUAAUCGGGGAUGGAUUGGCGGUUGAAUCUCAUCAACAGCCCAACGAACAGCAGCAGCAGCAGCAAAGGCUUCAAGGUCUAGAGCUUCCUGCUUUAUUUCAUGAAGGGCGGCGAGCAUCGGACGGACUAAUGUGUCAACAAGCGGGAGUCGUGCAAAUGCCUGCCAGCCCACGGCGAACAACUGCGCCGGAAGGGUCGUCUAGCGGAGGUGGUGUAAUGCUGCUCUCAGAGACUCACCGGGAGCAUAAGGCUCUUUGUCUGCAGUUCAGUCGAGACGAAGGAUCAAAACUGGUUCAUAAGCAGCAACAGCAGACACAGCAACGGGCUAGACCAGUAUUGCGCCAAGUCUCCUACAAAUUAGCCCAGCAACAGCCAGUGCAGCUGGGCACACCCGUUUCGGCUCAAUGUCAUCCUAUAGCCGAAGCCGAAGGUAGUUUGGAAGUCUCUCCCGAUCAUGAUCCGGAUGAUCCUAAAAUGACGGCUAUGAUGAUGAAAACCACCUCCGAGUUGGAUGAAUGGUGCCGAUUGCCGUCAUCCCUUGCGGCCUGCGAUCUAAGCCCCACGCCACCUUAAAUAAUAAAUAUAUUCAUAGCAAAAGGGAAACAGAAAAUCCGGGAAGGAUUUUGUGUACACUGUACCUCUCCCCGAAUCAUAAAUGUAAUUAACUAGGCGAACAAUCACAUCAUUAUGCAACCAGAGUUGUGUAAAGGAAAAAAAAGAACUAUCCUUUGUUAUUCCAGCAUCUCAAGUGUGAAUCAUCUUCCCUUACCCAAUUCAUAGUUAUAUCAUUUGUCUGGUAGAUACGAUUCGUCCAGGAUAUGGAAACAAUGAAAGACACUCAUAAUGGCGAGAUGAUAAUGUGGUGUCGAUGCACCUUUUUACCAAGAAUUGCAAUGCUGUUAUACCGACGAUACAUGAACUAAGUCACAACCUAGUCAAGCAAUAACCUUCGACAAGUCCUUUCCUAUAUCAAAUGUGUUAGCGACGAACCCUCUCCCAUAAUAUCAUAUAUAUUAUAUAACAUGAAUGUUGUCAACACCCUCUAUCAAAAAAAUAUGGUUGGAUAUCUAUAUUGCUCUAUGUAUUCAAACUGAUCCACAAGUGAAAAAUUAAUGAGAAAUAAAGACAUUUAUUCAUAC